AUGUCGAAAGCUAGUUCCAAAGCCGCCGCGGCUGCGCUGGCCGCCGGCGGGAAGACCGGCGUCCGGAUUGUCGUCGCUGGCGACCGUGGCACAGGGAAGUCCAGCUUGAUAAUUACUGCCGCAGUCGAUAAUUUCCCGGGUACAUGCCCGCCUGUUCUCCCUCCCACCAGGCUCGCCGAGGAUUUCUACCCGGACCGGGUUCCCGUCACCAUCAUUGAUACCUCCUCCAAGUUGGAGGACACAGGGAAAGUUGCCGAGGAACUGAAGCGAGCUGAUGCCGUUGUUCUAACUUAUGCAUGUGAUAGGCCGGAGACUCUUGACCGGUUGAGCACCUUCUGGUUGCCUAAGCUGCGACAGUUGGAGGUGAAGGUGCCGGUUAUUGUAGUUGGUUGUAAACUGGAUUUGAGGGAUGAGAACCAGCAAGUGAGCUUGGAGCAAGUGAUGUCACCGAUAAUGCAACAGUUUCGAGAGAUCGAAACCUGCAUUGAGUGUUCUUCAUUUAAGCGCAUUCAGAUCCCCGAGGUUUUCUAUUAUGCACAAAAAGCAGUACUUCAUCCUACCGCUCCUCUAUUCGAUCAGGAAUCCCAAACCCUGAAGCCAAGGUGUGUCAGAGCCUUGAAACGGAUAUUUAUUCUUUGUGAUCAUGACAGAGAUGGUGCCCUUAGUGAUGCAGAGCUAAAUGACUUCCAGGUCAAAUGUUUCAACGCUCCUUUGCAACCUUCAGAAAUUGUGGGUGUGAAGAGGGUUGUUGAAGAAAAGUUGCCUGGUGGUGGAACUACUGAUGGAGGAGUUAAUGAACGUGGCUUGACGUUGACUGGUUUUCUUUUUCUCCAUGCCUUGUUCAUAGAAAAAGGGCGUCUUGAGACAACUUGGACUGUCCUCAGGAAAUUUGGUUACAAUAAUGAUAUCAGACUCGACGAUGAAUUAAUUCCAUCAUUUAAACGAGCUCCUGAUGAGAGUGUUGAGCUUUCAAGUGAACCUCUUGAUUUCUUAAGGGGAAUCUAUGAGUUAUUCGACGGCGAUUAUGAUAACAACCUUCGGCCUGCUGAGCUGGAUGAUAUUUUUUCUACUGCACCUGAUAGCCCCUGGGAUGAACCUCCAUACAAGGACGCUGCAGAGAGAACUUCACUGGGUGGCCUCUCAGUUAAUGCGUUCUUAUCUGAGUGGGCCCUGAUGACACUUCUACAUCCAUCACGGGCUGUGGAGUACUUGAUUUAUAUUGGAUAUCUAGGCGAUCCUUCUACUGCUGUUCGUGUGACAAGGAAAAGACGUUUGGACCGCAAGAAGCAACAAUCAGAAAGAAAUGUUUUCCAGUGCUUUGUCUUUGGACCAAAGAAAGCUGGAAAGACAUCGUUGUUGAAUUCUUUUAUAGGAAGGCCCUGUUCUGACGGUCAUGCUUCAACGACCGAAGAGAAGUUUGCAGCGAAUGUCGUUGAGCUUCCUGGUGGUACCAAGAAAACCCUUGUGUUGAGAGAGAUUCAUGAAGAUGAAGUGAAGGGCUUGCUCUCAAGUAAAGAAUCUCUAGCAUCAUGCGACAUUGCAGUAUUUGUUUAUGAUAGUUCUGACGAGUCCUCAUGGAAGAGAGUGACUGAAUUGCUUCUGGAUGUUGCUGGUCAUGGUGAAGAUACUGGCUACGAGGUGCCUAGCCUGAUAAUUGCAGCUAAAGAUGAUCUCAGUUCGUUCCCUAUGGCAAUUCAGGAGACCACAAGGGUCACUCAAGAUUUGGGGAUAGAGGCUCCAAUUCCCAUCAGUUCGAGAAUGGGCGAUACAAAUAACGUCUUCCGUAGGAUUGUAAACGCAGCUGAGCACCCACAUUUGAGCAUUCCUGAAACUGAAGCUGGAAAAAGUCGCAAGCAGUACCAUCGUCUCGUCAACCGCUCGCUUAUGUUUGUUUCAGUUGGAGCUGCUGUCGCCAUUGUUGGUCUGGCAGCCUACCGAGUUUAUGCUGCGAGAAAGAGCUCAUCGAGCUAA